AUGCAGUCAGCGGGAGGAGAAAACCUUCUCGCUAAAACGUGUCAUAAGAAAAAAGAAGACGAAAAAGACUUAAUUAUUCUACCCAGCGAGAAUGUUAUAUCUUCAGUACACUCCCCAAGUCACAAAACCAACUCCUGCAGUGAUCAAGAAGAGAUAACCAUUAUACAAACUCAACAAACUAUACAAACGGUGGUGAAACCUCACCAGUGUCCAGAGUGUGGGAAAAGAUUCAGCCAAGUUGGAAAUAUGAGGAGGCACAUGGUUGUGCAUUCAGAUGAUAAACCACAUGAAUGUCCAGAUUGUGGAAAAAGACUCAGUCAUCUUGGCUCUAUGAAGAGGCAUAUGUCGAUGCAUACAGCUGAUAAACCACACGAGUGUCCAGAUUGUGGGAAAAGAUUCAGUGAACUUGCCUCUUUGAAGACACACAAGAUGGUGCAUAUGGAGGAUUUGCAUCACAAGUGUCCAGAGUGUGAGAAACGAUUCAGUCAACUUGGAAAUUUGAAGAGGCACAUGCUUGUGGUGCAUGUAGAUGUUAAACCACACGAAUGUUCAGAUUGUGGGAAAAGAUUCAGUCAACUUGCCUCUAUGGAGUCUCAUAAGAUUGUGCAUAGGGGGAUUAAACCUCACAAAUGUCCAGAGUGUGGGAAAAGAUUCGGUCAUCUUGGAUCUAUGAAAAGGCACUUAUCAAUGCAUAAGGAUGAUAAACCACAUGGGUGUUCCGAUUGUGGGAAACAAUUCAGUCAACCUGGAUCUAUAAAGACUCACAAGAUGGUUCAUACGGGAAAUAAGCCUCAUGUGUGUCUAGAGUGUGGGAAAGGAUUCAGUCAACUUGGAAAUAUGAAGAGGCAUAUGCUUGUGGUACAUUCAGGUGAUAAACCACACAAGUGUUCGGAUUGUGGGAAAAGAUUCAAUCAACUUGAAUCUAUGGAGACUCACAAGAUGGUGCAUACUGGGUAUAAACUUCAUGAGUGUCCAGAGUGUGGUAAAAGAUUCAAUCAUCUUGGAUCUAUGAAGAGGCAUAUGUUGGUGCAUUCGGGUGAUAAACCACACGAGUGUCCUGAGUGUGGUAAAGGAUUCAACAACCUUGGCAAUUUGAAAAGGCACAUUGUGGUGCAUAUGGAUGAUAAGCCACAUGAGUGCCCAGAGUGUGGGAAAAGAUUUAGUCAACUUGGGCAUAUGAAGAGGCACAUGGUGGUACAUACAGAUGAGAAACCACACGAGUGUCCUGAUUGUGGUAAAAGAUUUAGUGAACUUGGGUCAAUGAAGAUUCACAAGCGUGUGCAUACAAAGGAUAAGCCUCACAAGUGUCCAGAAUGUGGGAAAGGAUUCAGUCAGCAAGGCAAUAUGAAGAGGCAUAUCUUGGUGGUGCAUUCAGGAGAUAAAACAAAUGUUCAAAGUGUGGGACAAGAUUCAGUUAACUUGGAUCUAUAG